GGUAAUGAUUGGAUUGUUUAAAGCGAAGGAGAAGCAGAGAGAAGCUGCUGAGAAUUCUAAUGGGAAGCCUCCAGGCAAGAAGCAAAGUGCAGGAGAACUACGACUUCAUAAGGAUAUAAGCGAACUAAACCUUCCCAAAACAUGCCGCAUGUCAUUCCCUAAUGGCAAGGAUAAUCUGAUGAACUUUGAAGUCACAAUUCGACCUGAUGAAGGAUAUUACUUGGGUGGCGCAUUUACUUUCACGUUUCAAAUAUCUCCUAUCUAUCCUCAUGAGGCACCAAAAGUCAAAUGCAAGACAAAGAUCUACCAUCCAAAUAUUGACUUGGAAGGAAAUGUAUGCCUUAACAUUCUCCGGGAAGACUGGAAGCCUGUCCUUAAUAUUAACACAAUUAUUUAUGGGUUAUACCAUCUCUUCACGGAACCAAAUCACGAGGACCCCUUGAACCAUGAUGCAGCAGCAGUGCUGAGGGAUAACCCCAAGUUGUUUGAAUCUAAUGUGAGAAGGGCAAUGUCUGGUGGGUACAUCGGUCAGACCUACUUCACUCGGUGCAUAUAGAGUGAGGGUUACUGGUUGCAGCAUCUGGUGUUAAUUACGUGUAGGUGAUGUUUUAAAAUGUGUUUGUAAAAAAACUAAACGAUGAACUUUUUUUUUUUUUUUACGCAAAUCUGUAACACUGACACAGGUCCAGGGAUUCAGUUUUGUUAGUCUGUCAGACUGUUACUGCAAGGACCAAUUAUAAUCUGUUUGUCAGGCCGAUUUAAACUAUUAAUUUGCUCCAUGAAGUCUGAAAUAAGGUAAAUAUCGAGCAUCAAUAUGCUCAAUCAA